AAAAAAAGGGAUGGUGGCGAUAUCGAUGUACAGAGGCAACCUUCACAAAGUUCCCGACGUGCCUCGCCGGUGGACCAUGCCGGAUCGUAACCUCUCUUUCAAAGACUUCAAAUCUCUCCUCCACCGCCGUAAACGAGCUCUUUCUCGACUCGCCCUCGAUUCUAACCCUAAGCAGAGCGUUAACGUCAAGACUGAGUCGGUUACGCAUCGGAAGGAUGCGAUUCCAGCUGACCGGCCCGGUUCGUCCGGGAAACAGAAGCUUGUUGAGGUGAAGAGAGAGGAGAUUGAUGUGAAUCGGGUUAGGGAAGAGGAGAAUGGCGGAAUUGAUGGUGGAGAUCGAGUUAUGGAAUUGCUAUCGAAGAAUGAAAUCGAUAAUGUAACACACGAGGAAGCUGCGAACGAUAAGGCGGAGGCAAAGGAAACAGCUGAAGAAGUAGCACCAAGCGAAAUAGAGAAAGAAGAGAAAGAAGUGGAGGAGAGAUUACAAGUGUUGAGUGCAAAGAAACACAAUCUCGUCCAAGUCCUUAAGCAGAUUUUGAAUGCUGAGGAAGAAUUGAAAAGGCGCAGCAGCAUCACGCAACAGCCAGGAACAACAGCGUCUCGUCCUUCUCUUCCACUCCAUGUAGAUGUCUCUAAUGCUCACAUGGAAGGUGGAGAAACGAAUGAUGCUGGGAAUCAAAAUAAUGCUCAAACUCCCAGUGUUCUUCGACUCUGCGGUGCUUCUUCGUCAUCUGAAUCUCCUCUCAGAAGAGCAGCAGCCUUUUCACAACACAAUACGGUUCCGCAUACUUCUCGAUGGAGCCCACGCGUGGGUCCAUCUCAACCGGGCAAUCCAAGUGCUGCAGGAGUCACUGUGUCUGCAUCUGGAACAAACUACAUAGCUUCAUCUCCUUCACCAGCUGGCUCUGGUGGCACUUCUGUUUUCAGAGAAUCACGAUUACAGAGUCCAUGGAAUUAGCAGCUUCUCCUCUAUCGCUGCACUAACUUCUUUCUUUUCUAGCUGUGAAGAGAGAACUAAUGUGAGAUGAUCAAAAACCGUGUUCAGUGAACACUGUUCAUAGCGAUUGAUGUAUAAAUAUGAUGCUUUAGAUUGUGAGAAAUAUUUGCUACUUUUACACAAAGGAUUGUUUAGUCCGACUGCAACAAAAUGUCAAAAAAAAGAAAGUAGUUUAGUUUCGAAUUAGUAGUGACACAUUCAGCUUCCGAAUCUGA